CUGCUGGCAGAGUUAAGGGCUUGAGGAGGGAGAGCCGCUUCCCAUCGCUCUCACAGACCAGGCGCCAAGUGUAGCAGUCCAGUCCGCAGUCUGCCUCAGCACCUCUAAACGCCCGCAAUGCCCUUGGAUACCACUGACUAGAGCCCUAUCUCUCACCAAAGGCACCCUGGAUCUUUACUUCUUCUGGACUGUUGUGCGCACUGUCCCGUGUCCUCUGCGCUGCAUGAAGCGAAUGGAGAAGGUCCAAGGAUAACAGAGGAGGGUGCAGUGUUUUUGCUACUGCAGAAGAAGACCUUCUGCCCAGGGGGGCUGCAGCCUGCCUGUCUGUCUGUCAGAGGCUGUGGUGUCGCAUCCACUGUUUCCAUUAUCUUCACAUCGCCUUGCAUGGAUGCAUCAUGGCUACGUUUGUAUGCAGGGCACAGUUCUUAGAUGAUACUGAUCCAUUUAACAGCACCAAUUUCCCAGAGCCCACCCGGCCACCUCUGUACACUUUCAGGGAAGAUAUUCCUCUGAUCAAUCAGAUUGCUGGAGUCCACAGGCUGCUAAAAGCCCCACAGAAGCCUGAUGACUGCGCCCUUCAGCUGUCCCAUAAUGGAAGCUACCUGGACUUGGAGUCUACCCUUGCAGAGCAGAGAGAUGAACUGGAGGGAUUUCAGGAGGAAGGAGGAAGAGGCAAGAAACACAGCAUUAUUCUCCGAACACAGCUGUCCGUCAGAGUGCACGCCUGCAUCGAAAAACUCUACAACUCAACUGGACGGGAGCUACGGAGAGCCCUCUUCUCCCUCAAGCAGAUUUUUCAGGAUGACAAGGACCUGGUGCACGAGUUUGUGGUGGAGGAAGGACUGACGUGUUUGAUAAAAGUGGGCGCCGAGGCCGACCAGAACUACCAGAACUACAUCCUCAGGGCUCUCGGUCAGAUAAUGCUGUAUGUGGACGGGAUGAACGGCCUCAUAUCUCACAAUGAAACGGUCCAGUGGCUUUACACACUAGUCGGAUCCAAGUUCCGUCUGGUGGUGAAGACGGCCCUAAAGCUGCUGCUGGUGUUUGUGGAGUACACCGAGUCUAACGCCCCCCUGCUCAUAAAGGCUGUGAAUGUUGUGGAUGCCAAAAUAGGCACAAAACUGUGGUCAAACAUCAUGGAGAUCCUGGAUGAGAAGGAUGGAGUGGAUACAGAGCUGCUGGUGUAUGCGAUGACACUCAUUAAUAAGACUCUGGCAGGCCUCCCAGACCAGGACUCCUACUACGACAUGGUGGACUGUCUGGAGGAGAAGGGCAUCGAAGCCGUGGCCCAGAGACAUCUGAGCCGGAAAGGCACUGACCUCGACCUCGUGGAACAGUUCAACAUCUACGAGGUGAGUCUCCGCCACGAGGACGGAGACGAUGAAACCCAGUUGCCUCCCAGCGUCCGAAAGGACCGGCGGCGGGCCAGCGUUGGUGGCACCAACGAGAGGCGAGGCCUGGAAAGAAGACGCAGCCGGAGACAUUCGCUCCAGAAUAGCAGAGGCCACGCUUCUGCCCCAGCAUCACCCAGCAGCCCUCAUACUCACGCAAGCAGCUUCCUGCCCUUCGGUGGCCAACGUGUUGAAGACAUCAGUGAAAGAGAAGAGGAAGAGGAAGAAGAGGAGGAGGAAGGAGAGGAGGAGGAGGAGGAGGGAGAGGAGGAGGAGGAUGAGGAGGAGGACGAGGACGAGGCAGAUGAUGAAAGUCAUCCGGUCACUGAGUCCUCUAGACAGGGCGCCUACAGUGUGGCUCCGGCUGUAGCAGACACUCCUAACAUGUGUUUGAACUUAAAGUGUAUGGCCAACAUCCUCCCUAAAGCCAGUGACCAGCCAGGGCAGAGAGAAUAUCUCAGCGUCAAGACCAGGCCAUCUUCUCCUGUGUCCGUCGCACCUAGAAAGAGGACCUUUAGUCCUUGUCUGACAGAUAAAAACAACUCUCCUACACCUUACACUGCUAGAAAGCCCAGCUGGGCUGACAGAAUCAAUGCCAAUGGCAGUCCAUACCCGGGCAGACGCCAGGCUGCUACACCAACCAUCCAUCGCUUCACUAGUUCAGCAACCUGCACGCCAGACUCCAAACCGGUUGACAGACCUGCUCUAGGGGGCUUGCUAACUUCAUCGUACAGACAGCAUCAGGAGUCUCUGGCUGCGGAGAGAGAGAGGAGACGCCUGGAAAGAGAAGAGCGCCUGCAGAGAAUCGAAAGAGAAGAGAGGAACCGUUUCAAUCGAGAUUAUGUUGACAAGAGGGAAGAAGCAAGACAAGCCAGAGAGGAAAGGUACAAGGCUGUGGAGAGGCUAGCCGCAGAGGAGUUUGAACGGGAGCGCCCCAGGGUGCCAGCAAGAGGACGGACAGAGAUCACUCUGUGUUUGAGUCCCAACCCUGCCAGCCGCUCGGCGUCCCGCUGUGCCACGCCUUCGCCCAUCAUCUCACAGGAAGACACAGUCGCCACUGCACAACAGACGUCAGGAACAGAACAUAUCUCAGAGCCAAACCUUGACCCACAGACCAGAACCAAAAGCCCAGCGCCAGAGUUAACAGUAUCAGAACCUUCCCCCACACCUCCCUCAGAGCCAGACAAGCAGCAGACUGAGACAGAGUCGCCUGCAGAGACGGAGGAUGUUGCCGAGAGUCAGUCUGACCAGAAUGUAGUGGCAGAGCCGGCGUCGGAUGAACAGUCGGGAAUGGAGAAGGAAGAGAGGCAAGCGCAGGAGAAGCUCGAGGAGCAGACACAGUGCAGGGAUGAAGUAGAAGUAGAAGAGCAAGUAGAGGAAGCGGAGGCAGCAGAUGUAGUCGAGGUGGGAGAGCCAGAUGUGGAGGUGGAGGUGAAUGUCGAGUUAGAGGAGGAGUUUGAGAAGGAGCAGCCGACGGAAAGGGAUGUAGAAGACGGCGUACUGCUGAGCGAGAAGGAGAGACAGAACGAGGAAGUGAAUGAAAAAGACAACUGCUCUGCAUCCAGCAUCUCCUCCACAAGUAGCACUCUGGAGAGGGAGGAGCGGGAGGAGAAACUCACCAAUGACAUUGAAGCAGGCCAGUGGACACAGUGCAUUAAAGACGCAGAUGUGAAUGACCAGUGCAACAAAAUACUCAACAGCAAGCGCUUCAUGCUGGACAUGCUCUACGCUCAGACGACAUCCAGCACGGAUGAAGGGAAUGUAGCAGAAACGGAGAAGGAGAACUGUAAAUGUGAGAAGGAAGCAGAGGUUAGUGACUCCUCUGUGGCCAGCUUGGCCAGCAGGAUCUCCACACUGGAGGCUCAUAGACAGGCCAGAGAAGAAAAUGUGAAAAAAAUGGAGGUGGGACAUCUAGACAACCAGGGCAGUGUCCGAGCAGUGGCGGAGAGGUUUGGAGAUUUGGUCAAAGGCCUAUCGUCUCCUCCUGAGGUCGAGGCCUCAAAAGAGCAGCAGCAGACUGACAAAUCGUCAACUGCCGCCUCAUCAACGUCACCCCCAAAGAAAGAGUCGGACUAUAUCUGGGAUCAGCUGAUGGCCGCACCCAGGGAGCUGCGGAUCAAAGAAAUGGACUUCACGGAUCUGAGGGACGAGGAUGACAUGGACAUUUUAGAUAUGGACACUGUGAUGGGGUCAGGUCACCUGAUACCACCACCUCCCCCUCCGCCGUGCAACGCUGCCCUGCCACCACCCCCGCCCCUGUUUGGGUGCCCUCCUCCUCCUCCCAUGCUUGGCAAAAUGAUGCCCCCACCCCCACCGUUCAUGGCCCCUAUCCCUCCACCCUCCCCUCAGCUGAGUCGAGGGGAAAUGCCUCUCUUCCAGAAGAAGAAGAAGACCAUCCGUCUCUUCUGGAACGAAGUGCGUCCCGUGGACUGGCAGUGUAAGAGUCAUAAAUUCUGUAAGGAGUCCCUCUGGUCCAAACUGGAGCCAGUUAAAUUGGACACAUCCAAGCUGGAGCAGCUGUUUGAGUCCAAAUCCAAGGAGCUGCCUGUCACAAAGAAAGCAGCUGUUGAUGGCAAACGACAAGAAAUCAUAGUCCUAGAUUCAAAACGCAGCAACGCUAUAAACAUCGGCUUGACUGUCUUACCUCCUCCUCGCACCAUUAAGACCGCCAUCCUCAACUUUGAUGAGUACGCACUGAACAAGGAAGGCAUUGAGAAAAUCCUGACGAUGAUCCCCACAGAGGAGGAGAAGCAGAGGAUCCAGGAGGCUCAGCUGGUCAACCCUGAUAUCCCCCUGGGCAGCGCUGAACAGUUCCUUCUCACCCUCUCCUCCAUCACAGAGCUGUCGGCUCGCCUGCAGCUGUGGGCAUUCAAGAUGGACUAUGAGCUUAUUGAGAAGGAAGUGGCAGAGCCUCUGCAGGACCUGAAGGAAGGGAUGGACCAGUUAGAGAAAAACAAGACCCUCCGCUACAUCUUGACCACGUUGCUGGCAAUUGGCAACUUCCUCAACGGCACUAAUGCUAAAGGCUUUGAGUUGAAUUACUUGGAGAAAGUCCCGGAGGUGAAGGACACGGUUCAUAAGCAGUCCCUGCUGCACCACGCCUGCUCCAUCGUGGUGGAGAAGUUUCCAGACAGCACUGAUCUCUACUCGGAGAUAGGAGCCAUCACCCGCUUGACCAAGGUGGACUUUGACCAGCUUCAAGACAAUCUGGCCCAGAUGGAGCGAAGGUGCAAAGCAUCAUGGGAUCACCUCAAGGUCAUCGCGAAACAUGAGAUGAAACCACCGUUGAAACAAAAAAUGUCCGACUUCCUCAAAGAUUGCGCAGAGAGAAUCAUUAUUCUGAAGAUUGUACAUCGAAGAAUACUCAACAGGUUUCAUGCCUUUCUGCUGUUCCUGGGCCAUCCGAUAUAUGCGGUACGUGAGGUCAGCAUUCAUCGCUUUAGCAAGAUCCUGAGUGAAUUUGCCCUGGAGUAUCGCACAACAAGAGAGCGCGUGCUACAGCAGAAACAGAAGAGGGCCAACCACCGAGAGAGGAACAAGACCAGGGGAAAAAUGAUAACAGAUAGUGAUGAUGACGAUGAUAGUGAGAGUGGUAAAUUUGGCGGUGCCCCAUCAGAUUCACAGGAGAGCCCGCCUCAGGGUAUCCAGUAUGCUGAAGAUGCUGCUGAACAUGAGAACAUGAAGGCCGUACUAAAGAGUAGCCUGCAGGGCGGAGAGAGCCCGACGUCCACGGUGCCAGGCCUCCGCUCACGCACCAGAGCCAGCAGCACCAGAGGGCGUGUUCCCCCAUGGUGCUCUGCCAGUGACGACCCAGUGAACUGCACAGAUGAUACAGCUGAUGAGAUCAUGGAGAGGAUUGUCAGGUCAGCCACUCAGGGGCCCAGCCAGCGGACGCAACCUCGGGAGAGGAGACGAUCCCGAGCCAACCGAAAAUCACUGAGGAGGACACUGAAGAGCGGUUUGACGACAGAGGAGGCGAACGCUCUCGGCUUGUCCAGUGGUUCAGAGAUGCAGGUGUGAAGUGGACAUAAGGGCGUCUGGUAGCCCUUUCACUGCCCCUCCAAUGCCUACGCCCCAACCUGGCAACCCACUCCACUCUGGCUUGGCACUAAAAUCCCCCCCUCACCCCUCCAGCUUCGAUGAGUUGACCUCAUCUUUAUGCAUUUGGUUGACACAGGCUUGACAUAAGUGCUUCCUGAAGAGAGUGGAGAAAAAAAGUUGUAUCCAUGAACUGACGGUCGGAGAGAGCACAAACAGAGCGCUGCAUUCAAACCACUGAGCUUUGCUAUUUGCUGGAUAAACAUCGACGACGUGCACUCACUCACUCACUCACAAUCAUCCCCUCGAACGUGACAUUGCAUUCAAACAUCGGCGAAAAAAUGUGUUGUUUUUUUUAAGGCGGAGGGCAUCAAAAGAGUUGGCAGUGCGUGUGCUUCGAUCUCAGCGGCCUUGACUGAAUCCAAACGGCAAGAAGUGUGGGACGGACACUAAGCUCUCCGCUGCUUAGGUUUAGUGUCCUGCAGCUUUAGAAAGAUAUUUCAUCUGUUGAAUAGAUGGCUUUGUGCAGAGGGGUUAUUCUGUUAUAUAUACUACUGUGGUAGUUUUGUGUUUCUUUUCAUUUUGCUCAAGAAGGUGCUCAAAUAAGGAACAAUUGCACUGGAUGUAAAAGUUGGGUAUCAAUGGAAUGUGAAAUCCUUGACACUGAUGAACCACUGACAUCUGAAAAACAUACUCACCAGUUUAACCAGCAAAUCAACAGUAGCACAGUUUUUAAUGUCUAAUCAAAGUUGACACAUUCAAGGUAUAGAUGAGCAUCUCAAGCUUUGCGAAUGCCUGUUAUAUGACUGGAUAAGAAGGAAUAUAUCAGAGAAUCAUCUUUUGAAAGAUCACAGUCAACAUACCACUACUUUCAGACUAAUGCUCAUCAACAUGUUUAGCUUAUACAAAUGUAGACAAGUUGCACCAUGUGACCUAUUCUCACUGACGGACUGGACAGUAGGAGACAGUUUAAGGAAGGCCGGCGCAGUGUUACAGGUGAGUAAUCUUUAGGGUAGUUUUAUCUCCUAGAAACUAUGAGCUGCACAUCUCAGAGUGCCUUUCAGAGACAGUUAUUUAUUAAGACGUUUUCAGGGACAUAUAAUCAAGAAAAUGUUACUACAGAUGUGCAGUCUGUGAGGGGGGCGAGAGGAUAAUACUGCAAUGUACAUCAUUCACGAGCUGUGAUUUAUUUUUAACCAGUGUUUUUAAACUCGUCCUGGCAAGAAUUGUUUUUUUUUUUUUCCAUGUUAUGUCUUGGAUCAAAUAAUAUGUUAUGAAGAUAGCUUUAAAGUAUUUAUGACAAUUUAGGAUUUGGUCAUGCACAUUAGCUGUAUCCGGUUGCCUUACUGUAGAAUACGGGACAUACAUUGUUCCACUCUAGUCGAGAUCUAGGUGAAAUAUAUAUAAGAGUUAAAAAAUAGACCAUGCCAAAUUAAUGUGUAGCUCAACUGGCAUCACUGGAGAUCUCAGUUUGUCAUUCACAGGACGUGGAGCUUCAUUCCCUAACUAUGAAUGUGAACAUCAGGGUUACAUGAUAAGUAGUAAUAUGGACGAACAUAAAGUCUCCAUUAUUUAUCUGUUUUAAAACAUGUAAAUCUGUAUUGAAGUGAAUAAGAAGCCCACAACUUAACUUUUUUGAUUAUAUAGGUCUGUUUUUGAACUAUUGAUGAACUCAUUGUGCUAUUAAUUUGGAAAGGCUAAAUUUCUCAUCAUUUCAGUUUAUAUCAUGGCAAAGUAAAUCUAUCCACUAGCAACUUUUCACUGUGAUGGAAACAUAGCCAUUGAGAGAAACAAGUAUCUAGUGCAACAUCAUGAUAAAGCUACAUAUAACACACCAGCAGAACAUGUUUUUUUUGUUUUAGAAUUAACUGAAAACUAUUCAGCACCUUAGACUCAAUGUGUAGCAUGCAACUUAGUAGAAGUGAAGUUAUGGGAGAAGAGCUCAUUGUGUUUCCCAGAUUGUACUGAUUAUUGUCAAAAACAAGACAGGAUAGAUGUGUAAAGUAAUGUAGGCGGGAAAUGCUGUAAAAUGAUGUAUAUGUCAUGACAAUGUCUUUAUGUUGUUCUUCUAUUGUUGUUGUUUUUUUUUGCUCCAUGUGUAGAAUAGUGUAUCAUAGACUAAAAGCAGUAUUAUUCUAAAUAUAAUUUAAGCAAACCAAGCCAUGCAUGGUUUAAAAAAAAAGUGUCACUUCUGCUUGAUACAAAAGGAGGUUCACUUUGGUUCUCAGAGCUGUAGGGGUUUGUGCUAUUGAACCUUCACAGACUGCAAAGUGAGCAAACGUGGUGAAACACGCAGUGAUGAAAUUCACCAGCUAGUCCUGUGGAAUCCCUUUAGAAGCCUUCGAUUUCAUUGCACUCAACAUUUUGUUUCUUUUAAUUUAACGUUAGCCCACCACACACACACAUUGCUGCCUGUGCCAUAACAUCACUGUGGAACUUGGACACAAGUGCAACAACUAAGGCUUCUAUUGCGUCUAUGCCCACAGCAAAAACUAUGUAACAAAUACAAUAAAAAGGCUCAUUAAAACAUA